UGUGACUUUGUAGUUUCGACUUCUGUUUCCACCGAGACAACCUCAUCCCCUCCGGUGUGCGGGGCUCCAGUGGUCUCCGGCCGGACUCUUGAGGGUACAGAUGCUCGGGAUGGACAGUGGCCCUGGCAGGUCAGCGUGAGGUAUUCAGGGGCCCAUAUAUGUGGAGGAAGCCUCAUCUCCGGCCAGUGGGUGCUCUCCGCCGCUCACUGCUUUAUAAACUCCAAUAACCUGGACCAUUAUUCUAUAUACCUGGGGAGACAUCAGCUGUCGGCGGAGGAUGAUCACAUGACCAUCGCUCAGGUCAGCGACAUCAUCAGACACCCCCAGUAUAAUAACCACAGAGGCCGAGGGGACAUCGCUCUACUGAAGCUCUCUAGCCCCGUCACCUACACCCAGGACAUCAGGCCCAUCUGUCUGCCAUCUGCUGCCGUCACCUUCCCCUGUGGCAUGGAAUGCUGGGUAACCGGCCGGGGUAAUACUUCUACCAAUGAUGCCUUCGCUCAUUGGCUGCCCGCCCCCGGCAUGUACAGUCUGGAGGCAGUGCGGCACUGA